AUGGCUCUGAAUCAAGCCCCCUUGCCAGCAAACUCCCUAAAGAGCUCAAUUCCCAUCUCAACAUUCGUGAUGUCCUAUUUUCAUCCCAGACAAGUCCGAGUUGGCACGGUAAAAGACCAACCAGAUCAACAUAUUCCCAUGAAUGUUGUGAAGCCUACGAACCCUCUUUGCAUACUUGAUAUAUGCCCUGUCUACAGCGCUCUACUGCAAGGGAGAGAAGAGAUAAAUAAAAUAGAAAUGUCUGAGCAGCAGGUGACUCCCACGACCACUAACCCGAAUCUCUCCCGAAGAAUCAAUCCAGGCAGAGAGAUCGAGAAGCCUUAA